UCACCAAAACACUGUGAAGUCGAGCUGUUACAAGAAGAUGACAACCCUUGUUCGAAAGCUCGCUCUUCUGUCACUCCUUUGCUUCAACGUUCUUCUUGGUGUUCUUGCUAGGGGCUCUGUUACUGUUAAAGACGAGGACGAGAAGUUCCUUUCCUCUGAGACGGGAGGUGGGCUAGGUGCCGGCUUUGGUGGUGGCACCGGUGCUGGAGGUGGGUUCGGUGGCGGAGCUGGAGGUGGAGUUGGUGGUGGUGCAGGUGGAGGAUACGGAGGAGGGUCUGGUGGUGGUGGUGGUGGUGGUGGUGGUGGAGGAGGAGGAGGAGGAGGAGGAGGUGGGUUCGGUGCUGGCUUUGGUGGUGGGGGCGGUGCUGGAGGUGGGUUCGGUGGUGGAGCUGGUGGCGGAGCAGGCGGUGGGUUCGGCGGUGGAGCUGGGGGUGGUUUUGGCAAGGGUGGUGGACUUGGUGGUGGCAUCGGUAAAGGAGGUGGUUUCGGUGGUGGCGCUGGUGGAGGAUUUGGGAAAGGAGGUGGAGUUGGUGGUGGUGCAGGUGGUGGCGCAGGUGGAGGAUUCGGCAAGGGAGGAGGUCUCGGUGGAGGAAUCGGCAAAGGUGGUGGUGCAGGUGGAGGGAUCGGAAAGGGGGGAGGUCUCGGCGGAGGAAUCGGCAAAGGUGGUGGUGUUGGGGGUGGUGCAGGGGGAGGAUUUGGAAAGGGAGGUGGACUCGGUGGCGGAAUAGGUAAAGGAGGUGGAGUUGGUGGCGGUGCAGGUGGAGGAUUCGGUAAGGGAGGAGGUGUCGGCAAAGGUGGUGGUGCUGGAGGUGGUUUUGGCAAGGGUGGUGGAGCUGGGGGUGGAUUUGGUAAGGGCGGCGGUGUAGGUGGAGGAAUAGGCAAGGGUGGGGGAGUUGGUGGCGGAGCUGGGGGUGGGUUUGGCAAAGGUGGUGGUGUUGGUGGUGGAAUAGGCAAGGGUGGGGGAAUUGGUGGUGGAGCUGGUGGUGGAAUUGGUAAAGGUGGCGGUGUUGGUGGAGGAAUAGGCAAGGGUGGGGGAGUUGGGGGUGGUGCUGGAGGUGGAAUCGGCAAAGGUGGGGGAAUUGGUGGCGGUGCUGGAGGUGGAAUUGGCAAGGGUGGAGGACUUGGAGGUGGCAUUGGAAAAGGAGGUGGUGGCGGUGCUGGAGGUGGAAUUGGCAAGGGUGGUGGACUUGGAGGUGGCAUUGGAAAAGGAGGUGGUGGCGGUGCAGGUGGUGGUUUCGGUGGAGGCAUUGGCAAAGGAGGUGGGAUUGGCGGGGGAAUCGGUAAGGGUGGUGGAUUCGGCGGUGGUGUAGGGGGAGGGUCUGGUGGUGGUGGGGGUUUUGGUGGUGGAGUAGGAGGAGGAGGAGGGGCUGGUGGUGGAGUAGGUGGUGGGUUCGGCAAAGGUGGAGGAUUCGGAGGUGGUGGUGGUGGUGGAGGUGGAGGUGGAGGUGGAGGUGGAGGUGGAGGUGGCGGAGGAUUUGGUGGUGGCGGUGGUUUUGGAGAUGGCGGAGGCAUUGGUGGACGUAACUGAAGAUUGGGCGUCGCAUGAAUGCCUCAUGCAUGGCUAUGGGAACUACGUGCAUUGAAUGUGUUCAUUAUUUGAGGUGUUAUGUGGUUGUGGCACUAGUUAAUUUAAAAUAUUUGAAUUUGCUUUGCGUUAUCCUCUAAUUAUUUUCUGUUUUUCGGAUGCCCGAUGAAAUUGUUAAAUAGUAAUUAAAAUUAUUGUUGUUUUAA